ACCAAUAAUUUGUGGCGCAGUUACGUUGGAAACACAGGCGUUUGUUCGUUAGGAUAGCGCGAAAGCUGCAAUUCAAAUGCUUAAAUAGGACGUGAUAUCAUAUGUCUAGUCUAGUUAUUUAAAGUGUUAUAAUUAGCGAAUCUACGCUCUCGUACUACUGACUUCUCCAGAUCGCCGCACAAUGCCAAAAGGGAGCUGGUUCCACGGAAAAGUGUCGGACGGUAUUGCCAACUCAUACUUCAAGCAGGCCAGCGCGUCGGCCUGCCACCAACUGGACGACUACGUCCCGGAGAGUAUCGCGACCGCCAUAAGGCAGUGGGCGCACCAACACAACACCCACGAAAAUGCAGUUUUAGCGGCGCUUCUAACUACUACCGCCGCGGUGGUAGCCGGGAAGGUGGUCAUUAACUACCAGCCCGAUACGGCGCCCAUGUGGGAGCACGUGCCGUCGCUGUACCUCCUUACGCUGGGUCCCACGCAACGCAACCUAGAAGAGCCCAUGACAAAGUUCUGCACGAAUAUUCUGUCUAAAAUCGAAAGGAGCCACGAGAAGAAGGUGCUGUGUGAUGUCACUAGCGCCAACGGUUUGGAUAAACACAUCGUCGGCGCUAAGGGUACUCUGGUCCUGGUGAAAGACAACAUUCUUCCGCAUCUACGCGCCAUUUCCGGCAACCUGAGUCGCUUUACGCUUUUGAAUCGCGGAUUCGCUGGCCUGAAUUUAGCGAUCCAGACCAACUGGCGCCGUCCCGUGGACAAGUUCAGCCAGGGCUGCUUUAUUAUGCAUGGCAGCGCCCACCCCAAACUGUUUGCCAACGUGCUCCGGAUGGCACCAGACACUGUGGAGCGCCACCUGGCCCGUUGGUUGGUGACCUUAGUGGGACUGCCCGCUGCGACGGCCCCGUCCGGAGCACCCGCCAUUGACCUAGAAGGAACGUUCACGGCACUAUAUAACGCGUACUUGGAAACGGAUGACACUUGCGAAACCUUCCACCUAAGCCGCGAAGCUCUCAACAUCUACAGUAAAUACGACCGCUAUUGCAAAGAUGAAAGGAACCGGGAAAAACACCCGACCUCCGAAUGGGCCUUCGACCCGGCCAAAGCCUACAAGACGGCGUUUAUCCUGCAUCUUAUGGUCAACAGCAUCUUAUCUUUUCUGGAAAAAGGCAAAAUACGCGUGCCCCGCAAAGUGUCCGGCGAUACCAUGAAGAAAGCCAUCAAGUACACCCAGGUAUCACGGGAAGUCUUCCAGAUUUUUACCGGAAAUGCGCCGGCCCGUACAGAGAAGGCGCCCAAACCGAAGGUCGCGGAGAGCGAAAACAAGGAAGAGACGCCGGUUCCGGCACCGGAAGUAGCGAAAACGGAGGGUGGUGAAACCCCAGCCAAAGCAGGAAGCGGAGAGCGGGAACGGAAAAAACGGGAGGUGGUGAAAACGGUGCGGGAGGUCAAGAAGCGGCGGCGCAGCGUCACCGAGAGUCGGCCGGUGAAGAAGGCCACGCGCGAUACAGCGCCGCGGCGCAGAUCAUCGGUUAAAUGAUUGUUAUACGUUGCCUUGUGCUGUCCAUAAAAUGUUCUCUAAAGCGUUGCUACGCUACGAGAAAAUUGUGAAAUGUCUUUGUGUGUGACUUGGCUCAGAAAAUCGAUAACUGUGAUUGCACAAAAAGAUUCCACAUCCAAAA